UUGCCCCUCCUCCACACUUGACGGGACUGGACUUGGCCAGAGUGCCAGGGCAGCCCCCCUCACUCGCCAGGCCUGCAUGGGGCAUUGGGCCGACUGCAACCAAGUCUUGCAAAAUUAAAAACAUUGAACCCCCCCGAACGCCGGCUCCUUCUUCCCGAAGACAAAUAUUCAUACCAAACCCAUUGAUCUUUGGCAAGGGAUUUGGGAGUCAGCUUAGGGUCCUCUCCUCUCCUCUCCGUUGUUUUCUUUAGUUCCUUGCCUGUCAAUGGUUGGUGAUUUGCGCGCCAGUUAACCAGACAACUGAGUCUUUUUUUAAAGUUUUCUCUCCACAUUCUUUCUAGUUACGAUCUAGAGCAGCCAGGGCAGCCUAUUAGUCACUCCUCGGUACAACGCCAUACCAGUCGCCAGCCCAUCCUCAUAUCCUCCGCCGAGCGCAUCACCGGUUGCCCGAUCGCUUCGAUAGUCUCCUCGAGUUAACGAGCCGCCGAAACAAAUACCAAAUCUUUCAACAUGUACUCCGCUUGCGCUGUUGCCCUCCGGGCCGGAGCCCGUCGCGUUGUUCGCCGGGUUCCUAAGAGCGCUCGUGCUCUCCCCCGCGCUGCCGCCGCUCGCCGUCAGAUCUCUACCACGGCCGCUCGCUCGACCGAUCUUACUACCCGGGGCAUGAUCGUCCAGACCCUGUCCUCGGUCGGGUCAAAGCGCGAGGUCCAGCAGUACCUCUCUCUCUUCACCUCGGUCUCCUCCCAGCGUUUCGCCGUUAUCAAGGUCGGCGGCGCUAUCUUGACCGACUAUCUCGACGAGCUUUGCGCCGCUCUCAAGUUCCUCUACACUGUCGGUCUCUACCCCGUCAUUGUCCAUGGCGCUGGUCCCCAGCUCAACAGGCUCCUCGAGGAUGCUGGUGUUGAGCCCCAGUUCGAGGAGGGUAUCCGUGUGACCGAUGCCAAGACCCUCCGUGUUGCCCGCGACCUCUUCCUCCAGGAGAACCUCAAGCUCGUCAACAAGCUCGAGGAGAUGGGUGUCCAUGCCCAGCCCCUUACCACUGGCAUGUUUCGCGCCGACUACCUGAACAAGGAGAAGUGGGGUCUUGUCGGCAAGGUCACCGGCGUUAACAAGCAGGCUAUCGAGACUGCCAUUAGCAACGGUUAUCUCCCUAUCCUCACCUCUAUGGCUGAGACCGAUGACGGCCAGAUUCUUAAUGUCAACGCUGAUGUCGCCGCUGCUGAGCUCGCCCGUGCACUUGAGCCCCUCAAGGUUGUCUACCUUUCCGAGAAGGGUGGUCUCUUCGAUGCUGGCGGACAGAAGAUCUCCGCCAUCAACCUCGACGAGGAGUACGAGCACCUCAUGUCCCAGGCCUGGGUCAAGUAUGGCACCCGUCUCAAGAUCAAGGAGAUCAAGGAGCUCCUCGACACUCUUCCCCGUACCACCAGCGUCGCCAUCAUCCAUCCUGAGGAACUUCAGAAGGAGCUUUUCACCGACUCCGGCGCCGGUACCCUUAUCCGCCGUGGCAGCAAGCUCCAGGCCUCCACCAGCCUUUCUGAGUUCAAGGACCUCGAGGCUCUCAAAUCUGUCCUGAUCCGCGACCGUGAGGGCCCCGAUGCCAAGGAGACCGUUGAAAAGUACCUCGACUUCCUCAAGGAGAACCCCUUCAAGGCCUACUUCGACAGCUCCAUGAACGCCCUCGCCAUCGUCCUUCCCGCCAGCGAGGGUCGUCAGGCCACCCUUGCCACUCUUACUAUUACCAAGUCUGGCUGGUUGACCAACAUUGCUGACAACAUCUUCACUGCCCUCAAGAAGGAGCACCCCUCCCUCGUCUGGACUGUGAAGGAGGAUGACGAGAACCUCGGCUGGUUCUUUGACAAGGCCGACGGUAGCAUCACCCGCCAGGGUGAUGUCAUGUUCUGGUAUGGCAUUGAGAACGGCGAUGAGAUUGUCAAGCUCAUGAAGGAUUUCACCGAGAACGGCCGCGCCAUGCUUGGUAACUCCAACCUCGAGUCUCGUCUUCGUCAGGCUGCCAGCAAGCCCGCUGCCCAGCAGGUUCGCGGCUACUCCACUCUUGCUCGCCGCCCUGCCCUUCCCAAGUUCAGCAUCUCUAACCGCAGGGGCUACCUAACCCAGACCAACCCCAACCCCCCUGUCGGCAAGCAAAAUGCCUCUAUGGACCGUCCCGCUCGCGUUGCCCUCAUCGGUGCUCGUGGUUACACGGGCCAGGAGCUGAUCCGCCUCAUCGACUCUCAUCCCAACAUGGAGCUUCACCAUGUCUCCUCUCGUGAGCUUGCUGGCAAGAAACUCGAAGGCUACAACAAGCAGGAGGUUAUCUAUGAGAACCUCAGCCCUGAGGAUGUCCGUGAUAUGGAGAAGCGUGGCGAGAUUGACUGCUGGGUUAUGGCUCUGCCCAACGGUGUCUGCAAGCCCUUCGUUGAGGCCGUCUGGGAGGGUCGCAAGGCUUCCGGCCACAAGAGCGUUAUUAUCGAUCUUUCUGCUGAUUACCGCUUUGACAACAAGUGGACCUACGGUCUCCCUGAGCUUGUCCAGCGCAGCAACAUCAUCCAGGCUACUCAGAUUGCCAACCCCGGCUGCUACGCUACUGCCGCCCAGCUCGGUAUUUCUCCCUUGGUUCCUCACCUCGGUGGUAUGCCCCACGUCUUCGGUGUCUCUGGCUACUCUGGUGCUGGCACCAAGCCUUCUCCCAAGAACGAUGUCGAGAAUCUCACCAACAACAUCAUCCCCUACAGCUUGACUGGCCACAUCCACGAGCGUGAGGUUAGCUCCCAGCUCGGUGCCGAGAUUGCCUUCAUGCCCCAUGUCGCUGUCUGGUUCCGCGGUAUCCACCACACCAUCUCCAUUCCCCUCAACAAGAGCAUGACUUCCCGCGACAUCCGUCAGCUGUACCAGGACCGCUAUGCCGGCGAGAAGCUCGUCAAGGUUGUUGGCGAGGCUCCUUCCGUUAAGAACAUUGGUGGUAAGCACGGUGUUGAAAUUGGUGGUUUCGAGGUUGACAAGUCCGGCCGCCGCGUCGUCAUCUGCGCUACCAUUGACAACCUCCUCAAGGGUGCCGCUACCCAGUGCCUGCAGAACAUGAACCUUGCCCUUGGCUACGCUGAGUACGAGGGUAUUCCCACCAUGUAAAUGAGUAAACGUUGUUGGAUCUGAUGAGAUCCAAAGUUGUCUGCCGUGCGUAACACUUGUCGCACAUUUUCCACCGAAAGGUUUUUACAAUCCAGCGAAUUUUUGGGUCAUGCUUGGUCAACGUUCUCCUUACAUACAGUUUUUGUCUUUCACCUUGGUAUAUUGCGGUUCAUACGGAGUUUAGCUGGGCAUGUUGAAAACUGGAUUUGAUUCCUUUGCUUGUUUUUGCGCCCACAUUGUUGUUAUUUCCCCCCGGCUUAUGAUGAAAGGUAUGGCUGGCCUGGCAUCAUUGUAUAUAUUAAGCUGCUGGAAAACGAAAAAGCGAAGUUGAUAUAUCAUCCCUGGGAUGGGAAGCUAGUCAGCAUCUAUUUCCUUGACGAGUCACUCGAUGCCUGAUGCUCUCUCCAACCGCAA